AUGGAUGAUCAAUAUAAAGGUUUUAACGAUUAUAAUUAUGCGUACGAUACACAGCAUGUUCUCGGCGAUAAAACAUUUCAAGAUGCGAUUGCAAGGUCAAGUUUGGGUCGACGUUCAAAAAAUUCGGCGAUGCAAACAUCUACAGCGCGAAUACCUACAUCAGAUGUUGUAACUUCAUCCAGCGGUUUUCGAGGCGUUACAAAGGCUCGCAAAGGAAGCGGAAUUACAACAGGAAGCCAACGCGGUGUUGAUGCGCCGAGGCCAAUGACAGCUGUUCGCGCUGCCGGUUAUUCUGGAGGAAGCUCAUUUGAUCCAAUGAAAAUGGCUUCAAUGGAGAAAAAAAGUGAGGAAAGCAGUGAGGAAAAAUGUCGAGAAAUGGAAAGAAAAGUCAACGAUUUAGUGCAGGAAAGCAUUCUUGCUUGGAAGAAAAAAGAUGCCAAAUUGGCUUUGGAAAAGGCUAAAGAAGCCGGCAGAAAAGAACGAGCAGUUGUGAAAUUACGCGAACAGUUAUCAGCCGUUGAACAGCUAAAUUUAGAUCUUACUUUUACCGUUCUCCUUAAUUUAGCUCAUCAGUACAUGGAAAAUAAUCUUCUCAACGAGGCACUGAACACGUAUCAAGUGAUUGUGAAAAAUAAACUGUUCGCGAAUUCAGGUCGUUUAAAAGUUAAUAUAGGCAAUAUAUAUUUCAAAAAGAAGGAUUAUAGCAAAGCUAUUAAAUAUUAUCGCAUGGCAAUUGAUCAAGUACCUAGUUCGCAUAAGAAUAUAAGAACAAAAAUCUUGAAUAAUAUCGGUAUUUCAUUUAUUAAACGUGGUGAAUAUGAAGAAGCCUUAAAUGCAUUUGAACAAUGUGUAGAAGAAAAAGGUGGCUAUGGAACUGCGCUGAAUCUGAUAUUAACACUAUAUUGCCUGGAUGACGCUGAGAAAAUGAAAGAUGCUUUUCAGCGAUUACUGGAAAUCCCAUUUCUAAUUGACGACGAUCUCAAAUAUAUGGAACAUCAAAAUUUUUUGCUAAAUCAAGCAAUUAGCAAUGAUUCUUUAAAGCAGUGGGAACAUAAAAGAAGGCAAACUGCUGAAUCAACAAUUUUAACGGCAGCCCGUAUUAUUUCUUCAUCCAUUUCACAUAGUUACGCCGAAGGAUACGCUUGGUGUGUUGAAGUUAUAAAGCAAUCAGUAUAUGCGAAUCUUGCAAUGGAAUUAGAAAUGAAUAAAGCAAUAGAGCACCUUCAUCAAGGCGAUUUAAUUGCGGCCAAUCAGAUUUUAGCAGUAUUCAGUAAUAAAGACAAUAAAGUGGCAAGCGCAGCAGCCAAUAAUUUAGCACUAAUCAGUCUUUUGCAAGGUCCAGCAAAAAUUGAUGAUGCGAUCCAGUUUUGUGAACAGUCACUUAAUCUAGAUCGUUACAAUCCGAAUGCCCUUGUUAAUCGAGGCAAUAUUUUCUUCGUUAUGGGCGAUUUGGACAAGGCAUUUCAGUAUUAUAAAGAAGCGCUCAAUAACGAGGCUUCAUGUAUUCAAGCUCUCUAUAAUAUGGGUUAUGUAUGUCGUCUUCAAGGUAAAUUAGAAGCUGCUCUCGAUUAUUUUUACAAAUUAAACAACAUUCUUCUCAAUAAUGUCGAGGUACUAUGUCAGUUAGCAGCUAUAUACGAAUCUUUGGGAGACAGUGCCCAGGCUAUUGAAUUAUAUAGUCAGGCUAACAAUUUAGCACCAACGGACCCAGCAAUUUUGGUGAAAUUGGCUAAUAUUUAUGAUGCAGAAGGAGAUAAAAGUCAAGCUUUUCAAUGCCAUUAUGAUAGCUAUCGAUAUUUCCCUUCAAAUAUUUCCGUGAUAAAAUGGUUAGGAGCUUAUUAUAUUGAUGCACAGUUUCCUGAAAAAGCCUUCUUAGUGCGCAUUUGUACCGAUCUUAAAAUGCCAGAAGCUAAAGAGUUCAUGGAAAAGUUGAUGAAAGCCGAAAAAACUCAUCAACUGCGAAUGCAACGUGAAAACGAUUCAAGUCACGGUAAGGUUUCAUCAGCGCAUAGUGUACCAACGCCUACGCCAGAAACGUAA